UUUAAUGUCCCGAAAUGUUUAUGUUUGUGUUGGGUUGGUGUGUGUUUACUAUUCGUCCCGCGAAUGAUUAAGCUUCACGGCUAUCAGUAGUUUAAUAAUUUUAAUGAUUAAUGCUUGAAAACUUUAUGUCACGAAAUAUAUUUAUGCAAACUUAGCUAAAGAACAGCUAAGGGAUGUCUCCCUUCUUGAAAUCUUCUUUCGAACAUUAUUCGAUCAUUUUUUUAGUAUGGUUUACUUGUAGUGCAGUGUUUCAAGUAUUACCAAAUGUGGAAGGUGCAGAUUCUUGCAAUGUGGGGCAUUUCAGAUGUGUUAAAAGCAACACAUGCAUUCCAUUAGGAUGGCUUUGUGAUGGAGAAAAUGAUUGUGCUUCUUCUAAAAUAAAUGACACAUCUGAUGAAGACCCUUUAAGAUGUCGUAAGGAACAUGUAUGUUUAAAGAAUUUCUUUAGAUGUAACGAUGGUAUUACCUGUCGUAAAAUUUCCAAACUCUGUGAUGGCAACAAUGACUGUCCAGAUUUUUCAGACGAAGGAUCGUUUUGUAAAAAUAAAAGUAUCUGCAUUGGGACAAACUGUACAUAUGGUUGCAAGCCAAGCCCGAAAGGACCACUAUGUUUUUGUGGUGAUGGCAAGGAACCAAAUGGAAAUGAUUGCAUAAGUAUUCAAGAUUCAAAAUGUGAAAAUGAUGCAUUGUGUGAUCAAAUUUGUAGCAGGAAAGACAGUGAAUAUGAAUGCAGCUGUGUUGAUGGUUAUAAAGCAAAAGGGCGAAAAUGUAUUGCUAUAAAUGUUCCAGCCAAGACACCCAUGUCAAUUGUCUUUACCAAUUCAGCUAAUCUACAGCACAUUUAUCUAAAUGGCUCUCUUAUUCGCAGUAGCAGUAUUGUGAAGGUUGCUGAAAAAUCUGCAGUUGACUUUGACCACCGAAAUGAGACUGUGUGCUGGGUUGUAAAAUCUAGAUUUAGUUCUGGUCUUGAGUGUUGCAAUGCCUAUAAUUUUUCCAGCUGUUGGGAAUAUAAGCUGCCAGAUUUGUACUCUCAGUCAACUAUUAGUCAAAUUUCGUAUGAAUGGGUGUCUGGGAAUUGGUAUAUAUUAGACGAAGUGCGUGAGAUGGUAAUUGUCUGUAACCACACGCUCUCUGUUUGUACUACCUUGCUAGAUAUAUCUUUGAGUAAAGCUAAGGACAUUGCUCUAGAUCCAACUAAAGGAUUAAUGUUUUACACUAUUUGGGAUCAAUCUGGGUCAUCAGCUCUAGAACGAGCUAAUCUAGAUGGAUCUGAAAGAAUCAAACUUGUAAUUGAAAAAAUUGUUGGGCCUAGUGGUAUAACUGUGGAUAUUCCUACUCAAUCUGUUUACUGGAUCGACACGUAUUUGGGAACGAUUGAAAGAAUCGGUUACACCGGAUCUGGAAGAAAAACAAUUGUUAGAAGCACUCAGGUUAAAAGUUUGCACGGAAUAUCUAUUUUCGAGGAUUAUCUUUAUGUUACCAAUGUUGAGGGAAACAACAUAUUAGCUUUUCAAAAGAAUAAUCAGACAUCGCCCACAUCUAUAAAAUCUAUUAUAACUCAACCAUAUCACAUUAGGAUAUAUCAUAGACAGCGACAACCAGAAGUAAUGCAUCCAUGUUCUCAUAGAAAUGGCCAAUGUGAUCAUAUUUGCAUCCCUCUUUUUAAAGAAGGUGUUACAGUUGUUAAAUGUCUAUGCAGGACAGGUUUUAACCUUGUUGCCAGAGGGAAGAAAUGCAUUCCUGCCAAACAGGGUCAGUUUCUGUUGUAUGGACGAGGACAUCCUGGGGCAAUAAAAGGGAUUUCUUUAAAUACGGGAGGAAAGCAGGAAGAAGUGCUGAUCCCUAUUCUAGACUUGAACAGACCAAUUGCUAUGGACUAUGAUGCUCGAGGACAGUUUAUUUAUUACUCAGAUGUUCAGAGGUUUGUCAUUGAGCGACAAAAAAUAGAUGGCAGUCAAAGAGAUGUUUAUUUGGAGAAGGGAUUAAACAAUUGUGAAGGAUUGGCUGUGGAUUGGAUGGGUAGGAAUUUGUACUGGACAGAUGAAGGGUUACUUGCGAUUUUUGUGGCCAGAUUGAAUGAUUCUAGCAUUAGAAAGCAACUUAUAAAUGAACCCAUGUCGCAUCCUAAAGCUAUAGUUCUUGAUCCUAAAAGAGGCAUGAUGUAUUGGUCUGAUUGGUCGAAUGAGUUUCAAACAUCACCUGGUGACACUGCAAUUGGAGGCAAAAUUAAGCGAGCUUACAUGGAUGGCAGUAAUAAAGAGAUUUUCUUGUCUGAAAAUUUACAGUGGCCAAACGGUCUUAGCAUUGAUUAUGUAGAAAAGAAAUUAUAUUGGUGUGAUGCUUAUCUACAUCGUUUAGAGCGAGUUUCUUUAGAUGGUUCUGGACGUGAGAUUUUGUUUGAAGAUGAAAACCGUGGCCACCCAUAUGGCUUGGCACAUUUCAAUAAUUUUGUAUACUGGUCGGAAUAUCAACAUGGUUUUUUGCAACGACUCAAUUUGAUGAAUAAAUCUGUUACUACAUUGAUAAAAGAAAAUCCUCCUGUGUACCAAAUUAGAAUUUUUGAUAGUGCUACUCAAACAGGCAUUAAUAAUUGCACAUCCAACAAUGGUGGUUGCUCUGAAUUAUGUCUUCAAACUCCAGAAAAAGCUGUUUGUGCUUGUCGGGAUGGAUCAACAUUAUCUAGCGAUAGGCAAACCUGCAUAGGAUCUGUAAAUUAUACGGAGCCAAAGCGUUGUCCUGAAGGAGAAUUUGAGUGUGUUAAAAAUUUGCGAUGCAUUGAUGUCCGAUAUUUGUGUGAUGGUGAUAAUGAUUGUGGAGAUGGUUCAGAUGAAGACUCUUCAGCUGGUGGGAAAUGCGAAGAAUUCCAAUGUCGUGUUGAUCAGUUUCAAUGUGAUACUCAUCGCUGUAUAUCUAUUCAUUGGGUAUGUGAUGGCGAAAAGGAUUGUAAAGACGGAUCUGAUGAAGAACCCAGUUCCAGAUGCAACAAUUCAACAUGCAGCUCAACAAUGUUUACUUGUAAGGAAACUGGACGUUGCAUCCCAACAAGUUGGACAUGUGAUUCAGAUUUGGAUUGUGGUGAUGAUGAUGUAUCAGAUGAGCAUGAAGACUGUGAAUAUCCUGAAUGUGAAGCUGCAGAAUUUCGCUGUGAUAAUCAAAGAUGUGUACCUCUUGAAUAUGUAUGUGAUGGAGAUGAUGAUUGCAGAGAUGGCACUGAUGAGCGUUUCUGUAAAAAGAAAUGUGAUGGUCCUAAUGAAUAUGUUUGUGAUGGAGGUACCUUAUGUCUGUCUAAGGAACUUCGAUGCAAUGGCGUACAAGACUGCAAUGAUGAAUCUGAUGAAGAAAACUGCGAAGAUGAAGAUAAGAAAUAUGUGUGCCAUGAAGAUGAGUUUUUAUGCCCUGAUGGAUUGUGUAUACCCAAUAGCUGGAAAUGCAAUUUAAGAUGGGAUUGUGCUGAUAAAAGCGAUGAGAGCAAUUGCAGUAAUGCUACCUGUGCGGAAAAUGAACACCUGUGUGCUUCUCAGGAUCAAUGCAUUCUGAGCAAUUUUGUUUGUGAUGGCCAGUUUGAUUGUGAGGAUAAAUCAGAUGAGAAAAAUUGUGGUGAAGAAAAUCCCCCUUGCAUCUUCCCCAGUCAUUCUUGUGAUAACAGAACUCGCUGUUUAAAUGUUACCCAGUUUUGUGAUGGCACUGCUGAUUGUGAAGAUGGAUCUGACGAGGGUGGCGAGUGUGAGUAUGAACAAUGCUUGCUAAGUGAAUGCAAAUAUUUGUGCCAGACAACACCUAAAGGACAUAUUUGUUAUUGUCCAGCAGGAUUGCAGGUUACAGUAGAUGGUCAUUCUUGCACAGAAAUUCCAUCUUGUGAGCAAUGGGGAAUUUGUAGCCAGAAUUGUUUGCAAUUGAAACACACCCAUAAAUGUUUUUGUGAGCCUGGUUACCAGUUGGAAUAUGAUCAUUUCACUUGCAAAAGCACUGCAUCAGCUGAACCUUACAUCAUAUUUUCAAAUCGUCAUGAAUUGAGAAGUGUUGAUUUGAAAUCCAUGGCUGUAAAAGCUUUAAUAUCUGGAUUACAGAAUACAGUAGCAGUAGAUUUUUAUCAUUCAUCUAAAGGAGAUCUAAUAUUUUGGACUGAUGUUGUUGAAGAUAAAAUUUAUAGAGGCUAUGUUAUAUCGGGGU